ACCCACGUAUAUUUUGCGCUUAAACUUCUCAGGCGGCUCCACGCGUCUUUCUUCGUCCUUCUCCUUACUCCAUCUCAAAAAUCCCCAAAUCCAAAACCCAAAAAAAACCCUAGCCGCUGCUGACAAAAGAUCGCAAUUCACCUCUGGGCUCUCCGUCACGGCCGUCGCUCUUGAUCGGUUAGUGACAAUUUGGUUUCCUAUUGCGGUUUUGGUUUCUGAUUACUUUGGAUUUGAUUUCGGGUGAAGAUGAAUUCCUAGGGUUUGGUUCGGGUGCGUUGUUCCCUUUUGAUCGGGGGAAAAGGGAUUGGAGUUUGGUGAUUUGUAGUGUACAGAUUGUAGAUUUGAAGCUAGGGUUUGGGAUUGAUCAUCUGGGUGUUGGAAUCUAGGUGGUCAAUUUGAGGUUGUAGAUGAACAAGUUCUUGUAAAUUUUGUGAAUUCUGUUUAGCUAGGGUUUGGUAGUUGUUGAAUUUGAUCUUGUAGGAAGCGUUUUGAAUUUGGAAUUGAAAACGACAUGUCGUCCGCUGGUGUUGCCGCUCUUGCUCCGGUUCACAGUGAGCCGUUGCUCACUGGUGGGAGCUGUCCUGCGAUGUCGUGUAUGUCGUCGAGUGAGUCGAUUUUGAUAUACUUGUCUGUUUCCGGGUCGACUACUCCUAUGAGUGUGCUGGAAUCGGAUUCGAUUGAGUCGGUGAAGCUGAGGAUUCAGACGUAUAAGGGGUUUGUUGUGAAGAAGCAGAAGCUGGUGUGUGGGGGUAGGGAGCUGGCUCGGAGCAAUUCGAUAUUGAGGGAGUAUGGAGUGUCGGAUGGGAAUGUGAUGCAUUUGGUUCUUAGGCUGUCUGAUCUUCAGGAGAUUAAUGUUCGAACGAAUUGUGGGAAAGAGUUUACGUUUCAUGUGGAGCGUGGGAAAGAUGUUGGGUAUGUGAAGCAGAGGAUUGCGAAGAAUAGUAAAGAGUUUGUUGAUCUAGAGGAGCAGGAAGUUGUGUUGGAUGGGAAGCCACUUGAGGAUCAGAAGCUUAUUGACGACAUAUGUAAACAGAAUGAUGGCGUCUUACAUUUGCUGGUCCAGAAGUCUGCAAAGCUUCGUGCUAAACCUGUUGAGAAGAACUUUGAAUUGUCUAUUGUGGCGUCACAUUUGGAUGAUGGGAAAAAACAAAUUGAUGGAGAGAAUGUGAAGCUGCAAUAUGAUGCUGGUGAGCAAGAGUUUAAGAGAGGUUACAAUGAGAUGAUUGUGCCAAGAAAGCCUCUUGAUAGAGAUUUUGGGUUGGAACCUGUCAUUGUUAACCCCAAGAUUGAAUUGCCGUCUGUGGUCAGGGAUAUGGUUGAUGAAACAAUUGAAGGACUAGAGAGUGGGAAUCACCCGAUCAGGUCAAUGGAGGGUACAGGAGGAGCAUAUUUUAUGUUGGACUCAUCAGGGGAGAAGUAUGUGUCUGUGUUUAAACCAAUUGAUGAGGAGCCUAUGGCUGUGAACAAUCCAAGAGGGCUUCCAUUGUCAUUAGAUGGGGAAGGAUUGAAAAAGGGGACCAGAGUUGAAGAAGGGGCUUUCAGAGAGGUUGCAGCUUACCUUUUGGAUCAUCCAAAGGGUGGGCGCCGUAUGUUGUAUGGUGAUGGAAAGGGCUUUGCUGGGGUUCCACCAACAUUCAUAGUGAAGAGUUUUCAUAGAGGAUUCAACAACCCUGGAGAUGUAAUGGUCAAAAUCGGUUCCUUACAGAAAUUCAUGGAGAAUAAUGGAAGUUGUGAGGACAUGGGCCCUGGUGCAUUCCCAACUGAGGAAGUGCAUAAGAUUUCCGUGUUGGAUCUAAGGUUGGCCAACGCAGAUAGACAUGCUGGGAAUAUCUUACUGAGCAAAGAGGAUGGCCAGACUGUGCUGAUUCCCAUUGACCACGGUUACUGCCUGCCUGAAAACUUUGAAGAUGUUACAUUUGACUGGCUCUAUUGGCCACAAGCACGCAAACCAUAUGCUGAGGAGGUGGUUGAUUACGUAAAAUCACUGGAUGCUGAGGAGGAUAUUGCCCUUUUGAAGUUCCAUGGAUGGGAGAUGCCACCAAAAUGUGCUCGCACACUUCGGAUUUCAACCAUGCUGCUGAAGAAAGGGGUAGAGAGAGGGCUCACUCCUUUUGACAUAGGAAGCAUAAUGUGCAGAAAGACCUUGAAUAAGGAAUCUGUGAUAGAGGAAAUAGUAGAGGAAGCAAACGAUUCUGUGAUCCCUGACUCAAGUGAAGAUGCUUUUCUUGAGACUGUAUCCGAAAUUAUGGAUCGCCGUCUUGAAGAGAUUGCUGGUUCACUUUCCUGAUGUCAAUGCUGAAUCAUGUGGAUAGGUAUAUACAGUUUAUAGCUUACUUCAGUACUUGUGAUUACUGUGCAUGUUCCAGUAGAACCCUAUUUGGCUCAUGCACCUUGAAGAUUCCAUCUCGUUUGUUCAUUAUAGACUUCAUUCUCUUUUGAUUGACAAGUUACCUUACUCAUUUCAUGUUGAAUUCAAAUGCUUUGUAAUAGCUCUUCAGUGUUUCUAUUGAUGACAAGUUUGAUUUGGUAAGAUCAUGAUGCUUUUCUUUUUAACUAUUACAUGCGUUUUAGGGUUAUAUUGGGUUGAGCGAAUUGAAAAACCCCACGACGGGGGUAUCGUGUACAUGUUUUGCUUCCCAUUGUUGGAAAUGCAGUGCAUUGCUUGAACAGUUCAAAC